UGCCACCUGUCAGUUUCCAUCAAUGCCAGCUGUCAGUGCUCAUCAAUGCCACCUGCCAGUGCCCAUCAGUGCUACAUCACAGUGCACAUCAAUGUCACAUAUCAGUGCCCAUCUGAGCUGCCUUUCAGUGCCAGUCAGUGCCACCUAUCAAUGCCUGUCAGUGCCACCUAUCAGUGCUGCCAAUCAGUGCCCGUCAGUUCCGCCAAUCAGUGUCGCCUAUCAGUGCGCAUCAGUGCCGCCUAUUAGUGCCGAUAUCAGUGCCACCUAUCAGUGCUGCCUAUCAGUGCCCAUCAGU